AUGAGACAAAAAGGUCUACCAAAUUAUAAUCGUUAUUUUCAUUUUCAACGGAUCUGUUCAAUAAUGAUUAUAAUUAUAACUGUAAUUAUAAUACCUAACAAAACAUUUUCUAUGACUAUACAACAUAAUCAAAAACCAAGUGAUUUCUAUGAUGUUAUUAAUAAUGAUGAUAAUGAUGUUGAUGAUUCAACUCUUAUCAGUAAUAAUAAUAAUAAUUAUCAAAGAUAUUUAAAUGAACAAUCAUUCAAUCCAUAUCAACAUGAAUUAAUCAAAUAUCCUAAUAGUAUUACAUAUAAACGUGGUCCAGCUCCCUUAGCAACAUCAUUUAGAAAUUCACCAUCAUUUUCAUUUAAUGGUGAUAUGCGUUCAAUUUCUAAUUUAAGACAUAUGAUGUCUGGUGCUAAUCCAUUAACAGCAUUUGGGUAA